AUGGACCCACCAAACACAUGUGCUACUCGAGUGCGAAUCACCUCUGGCUCUUUAGACGCGGCGAAUACCAAACUGCAUCGCAUUGCUGCAGCACAUCCCUUUACGCGGCAGGUUGAUGUCGUUUUUGUGCCGAACGAGCUUCUGAAAAACGAGCUGGUGGAACUUGAAACCGUAUAUGUCAGCGCGAAGGUGGAGCUGGCCAAGGUAGUGGAAAUGGCAGAACAGAUGCAGCUCGAAGACAAACACGCCUUCACUGCCCUCAGCAUCAACACAAAAGAAGACGAUACUUGGUGCAUAGACCCUCGGACGAUUCUGACGAUGCAUCUCUCUGGCCCGACUUAUCAAAUGCUUGGAGGUGGACAGUCACUUGUGGGGAGAAAAGUCAAAGCUUCGCGUGCGCUGAGGGGAAUAGCCGACGACUAUGUCGUGUCUCUGCCGCUUCAACUCUCGUUCCACAAAGACCGUAUCAGGGAAAAACGGAAUGAGGCCCUGAUUGCUUGGGACAAGCAACGAAGCGCUGGCUUUGGGCCGUGGCACGUUGCAUAUACUACUGAUGACACAUCUGAAACUAUUCGUCUGGCUACAGCUUAUGGUCACGAAUCCUUCACUCGUCAAGUGAAAUGCUCGCUUUCGACCAUGACGGAUGUUCGUGUGCCUAAUGCUGGAAUAGAGCUAAUAAAACCACGUCCCACGGAUCCAGACGAGGCAGAUGAUUGGGACGAAGACAUGGGAGAACUAUUUGAGUGGGUGGGGAUGGCGGGAUUGGGGGCGCAAAGGUUAGCAGCCAAUGAUCGCGUUGACCCAUUCAUCGCCGUCUACGAGGCUCCAGAGUCGUUCUCCGAUACGAUUGGGGACAUCACUGUGAUCCGAUGGACAGGAUUCCUCCCACCUGAAUUUGUGCAGAGGGUCAUUGAUGUUUGUUGCAAAUCCACAUCGUUUGCUGCGAUAACUUGCCAUGGUUUCCCGACUGCACCGGUAGCUUAUAUUCCGCUGGGGAAGGACGGCACUCCGAGUGGAAACACGUCACCGCCACGCAUUCCCAAUGAAGACACCGAAGAUUCGCGGUGUUUGGUUAUUUCGAAUGGACGCUGGUGUUUAACGGAGAGCAUAUCGGCAGGUGAUACGCGAUGGGGAUAG